CGCUCACUGCCUUUUCCUCUGUUCACUCACCCCUUACUCGACCGAUUCCCCUACCCUUUCAUGCCUCUCUACGACCCAGAUAGAUGGAUAGCACAACUCAAAGAAUGUAAGCAUCUCCAAGAACAGGAAAUGAAAAUUCUUUGUGAACGAGUGCGCGCCAUUCUCAUGGAAGAAUCCACCAUUCAACCCGUUUCCUCCCCUGUGACCAUCUGUGGUGAUAUCCAUGGGCAAUUCUGGGAUUUGUUAGAGUUGUUGAGGAAGGGCGGAGAGGUACCAGAGACGAGUUAUAUCUUUAUGGGUGACUUUGUGGAUCGAGGUCAUUAUAGUCUGGAAACGGUGUCUUUAUUACUGGCGUUGAAAGCGAGGUACCCAGAUAGGGUUAUUCUCUUACGGGGCAACCACGAAAGUCGGCAGAUAACGCAGGUGUAUGGCUUCUAUGAUGAAUGUCAGCAAAAAUACGGAACCUCAACGGUGUGGAAGGCUUGUUGUAGCGUAUUCGAUUAUCUCAACUUGGCCGCGAUUAUCGAUGGCCAAACGUUAUGCGUACACGGCGGAUUGUCUCCAGACAUUAGAACCCUAGACCAGAUAAGAAGUCUGUCUCGCGCAAGGGAAAUUCCCCAUGACGGUGCUUUUUGCGAUUUGAUGUGGUCUGACCCGGAUGAUGUGGAGAACUGGGCAGUUAGCCCUCGUGGUGCAGGGUGGUUGUUCGGUGCGAACGUUACACAAGAGUUCAACCACGUCAACGAUCUCACCCUCAUCGCACGAGCUCACCAGCUUGUCCAAGAAGGCUACAAAUACAUGUUCGAUUCGCAACUAGUCACCGUCUGGUCUGCACCGAAUUAUUGUUAUAGAUGUGGAAACAUGGCUAGCAUCAUGACUAUACACGAUAACGGGGAGAAGACGUUUGAAGUGUAUGGGCCGGCUCCGGAAAAUGAGAGGGAUAAAGGCAUGACGACGAGACGGAUCGGGAAUGUGCCUCAGUAUUUCGUAUAGAAGUGGAUCCCAUUGUUGUUGUACUUUACGCUCCCUUAUCUGUAUACCACCCUUAUCAUCACCUCCUAAGGAAGCCUGGUGAUUUCAUUAAUUGUUUAUCUAUGAAGGAUUCUCCGAAGUACA